AUAAAGUUGAUCAUCGUUAAAGAAAGAUGGCCUCCAAGCUGACUUGCCAUCUAGAUUUGCGACAUUAACGAUUGGGGAUGUCUUUGACAAGAUGUCGAAGAACUGCAUGAAACAGAAAAUAUGUCAUCUGAAAUUGAAAAAGAAAUCAACAAAAUCGAACACUGGAUACGUCUGGGCACGUUCGUACACGGUCCUUUAAUAAAGUCAUUACGUAACAUAUUCCACAACAAGUUAAAAAUUCAUGACAUAUCCGGCUUUUCCAGGAACCCCAAAUUAUUGUACCAGGAAUUACUCCAACAUCAAAAUAAACUAAAUGAUCUACUUUCCAAAAAGGUGAUUAACAAAGCACAAUAUGAGCUCCUUUUUCCUAAAGGAAAAACCGAGACAGAUAGCAACAGGUUUGAUGUCACAUUACUUGUAGCAUUGAUAAGGUGUUGUAAUGGCCUUCCACAUCCCGCACAGGGUUGGAAAAAUCCUCCACCUGAUUCAGAUAAAUCCCUGGCUGCAUUUGUACUGAGAGCACAAAAAUGGCGAAAUGAGCACUUUCACGAAAGUGAUCCUUCAAGGAUAGAUGAUAAUAUAUUUGAAGAAAAAUGGGGUGAUGGUGUGAAUAUUGUACGUGGACUCGGUUACACGGAGGAUACAUCAACUUUAAAGACGGCCUGUUUAGAUCCAAGAAGACUGUCUGUUGUCCAGACAUUGGUAAACCACUUUAUUAAUCAAAACGAAACAAUGAAAAAACAAAUGGAUCUGAAUACUUCAAAUAUUACAAGUGUUCAACCAGAGGUCAACCAAAUUAAAAUAGAGUUGGAUAAUUUAAAGACUUUUAUAAAGGUGGUUUUAGACAUUGAAGAUGCAAAUGAUGAUACAAUCACUGCGUUAAGUCUUGGCUUUGACAGUACUAAUUUGCUCAGAGAAAGAAUACGGAAUGUUGUUGCAGAAAAUUUAUGCGAUUUAGGAUACGAAAAAGUACUUCCUGAAGUAAUCGACAUUGUUUCGGAAAAUAUUGGAGAAUCUUGGAAACAUCUAGCAAGAAAUAUGGGAAUUAGGCAGGAAACUGUUUGCGAUAUUGAUGCAUCUGAAAUUUCUCCGGCUGAAAAAAUGCAUAAAGUUUUUGAUAGUCAGAAGACUUGCAUAUGGGGACAGUUAAAGCUCCAUUUAAUUGCCAUUAAUCGUAUCGACAUCGUGGAUAUCAUAAAACAAGGCACCAUGAUAACCUUAGGAAUAAAAAAUGCAUCUAUCAAAUUAAAGAGUUUGUACGUAACCCGACUUAUGAAGUUGUUGAUAGCGCAAGUUGAAUUAACAACUGGAAGAAUAUCACACGAAGAAAGACCUCGUGAGGAUGCAUACGUGGAUUUAGCUAUCAUUGAUGCUUCCGAGAUCGACGAAGAGUGGAAACAGUCAGAUCGAAAGUAUCAUUUAAAAACGGCUUAUUUAUUCAAAGCCAAUGUCAAGUUAAAGGACCUGUUUGCAGUUUCAGAUAAAUUUGUCAUCACAAGAGGUGUGGCUGGAAUUGGAAAAACGACUAUGACGGAUACUUUUGUUUUAAAAUGGGCUAAAAAGGAACUGCUAAAUGGUAAAGUGGAUUUCCUGUUCAAAUUUACUUGUCGAGACUUGAAUACAAUUGACAAUAUCAACAACGCGGAAGAAUUACUCGAGAAAUGCUAUCCAACAAUAUUUGAAACGAUGAAAAUUCAAGACUUGAACGAGAUUUCUGGCAAGGUUUUAAUUCUAAUUGAUGGUAUUGAUGAAUUGAAAGACAUUCAUUUGUUUCAAAAGCAGACGGAAAACCCUUCCAAGAUGCUAACGGCUGUCUAUAAUUUGUUGAAUGUUGAUUCCUCGAUUUUACCUGGUCACAAGACUCUUGUUGCAGGUCGACCAGAAGCAUGCGCAAUACUGCGAAAGACAUUUGCAGAUAGAUUUUCAAUGAAAUUAGUUGAAAUAUGUGGGUUUAACUCCGAAAGUGUCAAUCUAUAUAUUCAUAGGUACUUCAAUGGGGAUGAUAAACUUAUCAACGCAGUGAAAACAAAAAUCAACGAGUCUGAGAAUUUAGCUGUAAUGUCCACAAUACCCAUAUAUACCUGGGUUAUAUGCGAGAUAUUCAAAGAAGAUAUUAAUUUUGAGUCACCACAAACAACAACACAGUUAUGCACAUUUGCGUGCCUUUUGUUUCUUUGUAGACAUUUUAAAAAACUUGGCAAUGUGCUAGGUUCUUUAGGGUUAGAAGAACUUAUAAGUAAAGAAGAAAUCAAAGAAGUUAUCCUGGUUUUAUCAAACCUUUCAAAAGUGACCUUACAAGCCAAAAAGGUUGUUUUCACUGAAGAUGAUCUGAAAUCUUUAAAACCCAAAAUAGAUUUAGAAGAAACUGGAUUCAUUUGUAAAAACCCUUACAGCGCAGGGAAGUCCAUCUAUCAAUUUAGGCAUUUAGUGUUGCAAGAGUAUUUAACGAGCUUAGACUUAUAUCUAUUUCCUGGUACUCUCUUCAAAUCUGAUAUUGAAAGACCCUGCUUCUCCAGCUGCGUGCCUAUGAUUGCAGGAUUACACGGUAUUGAAAAGGCUCCUACGCAAAGCAUUGUGAAAACUUUUGUGGACACUAUGGUAGAAUACUCCAAAAAAAAAGGAGCAUACUAUCGAGCAUAUGCUUCCCAAAGACGCGAAUCUCUCAUUUCUCACAUUGAGAAAGAAAUCAUGUCCAACUUAAAAGACGAUGUUGUGGUCCUCGAUAGUUCUUGCUUAAACAGCUUAUCGACAUUUUACGAGUACCAAGGUGAAUUCUCAAGAAAGUUUACGAAUUCAUUAUCGUUGAAGCGAGUGUCCAUGCAAAAUCUAAUGCAUCAUGUUGAUAUUCGAAAUGCAUUGCAUUUCAUUGAAGUUGUUCAAAUCAGUCACAUACAGAACAUAAUUAUACAAAAUAUUGAAGACAAAAAGUUUCCUGUCAUAUUUUUCGAUUUGUUGUGUAAAUUUUUCAACAACAUUACAGUUAAGCGCAAGUCUCUUUGGAUAUUUAAAGACGACGUGAUGAGUAUUAAUGCCAGAGAAACGGAAGAUAGACAUGGAUUGACUAUCACCAUUCCAACCGAAGAGAGUGCUGCAAGACACGAAGAAAUGUUGAUGACCUUGUUUCAUAUAGUUGAUGAAAUUGACUUGUAUGCUUCAUUAUCAGCCAUAUAUGCUCCCAUAAGGGCAAUGAUACUAGCAAGUGGCAUUGACAAAAACAAUAUAAAAAUUUUCGAUAUGCAACAUAUAACAACAGCUAUGGUACCAAUUGAUGUCAAUAAACUGCAAAUUAACGUGGAUGGACACUUUCUUUAUUCACCAAUUCCAUGUGAUCACAUAAUGCAGUUAGAGAAAGCCUCUUCUUUCGCUAAUGCAAUACACGAAGUAUACGAAGAAAAACCUAAAGAGCAAAUAUUUAGAAUUGGGCUUCCUGAUGAUGAAAAGUUUCAACUACUCCGUACAUUCUUGGAAAAUAGCAUAUAUCUGUUUGAUGCUAUUGUACUGGAUAUAUCUUUACAUCCAUUUUACGGAAAAAUAAAAUCCGCUUUGGAAAAUUGGAAUAUCAGCACAGGUCUUUUGGAGAUCAGAGGAGUACCUAAUCCUGUGCGUCCCUUGUCCCUGUCACAUUUUGAAAUGUGUUUACAAUCUCACCUAAGUCCAAAGAAACUCCAGAAUCAUAUUUCUCUCCAUCUUACGAAAAGCACGGAUGGACAGGAGCUACUACCUAAUCCUGAAAAUAUAUUUGUCGUUGUUCAAGAUAAAAACGUCUUCUUGAAGAUUAAACCAAUUCUUAAGAGUGUAAUUCAUGACUUUCAUAAGAUCAUUCUACAUUUCAGCCUUAAUGCUUUUUAUACGGAAUUGCAAGACUUUCUUUCUGAGUGUGACAUUCAAAAGGAAGUAGUUCAAAUUUCUGGUUUACCUUAUGGUGAUAUUGAUGAUACCGAAAUUAAUAACUGGCAGAUGUACAUAGAUGGUCACAAUUGACAAAUCGCUAGUUUAUCAAGAAGUUAUUUAGAACUAAAAAUAAAAGUUUACAGAACUUUUGAACUACGCACUAAGUUUGUUAUCAAAUAAAAAAUCACGUAUGAUAAAACUGGAGAAAACUAUGAAGACAAUUUAAAUUUUGAUUAUUCUGUCUUUAUCUGCUAACUUGUUUGACUUUGAUUCGAAAAUUUGCUAAUUCAAUUGCCGCUGCUUUAAAAAUUUUUUUCGUCACUCAGUGUGAUUAUUGGUUUAUUCGAAUUUAUAUUUAUAUUUUCAUCUUUUCCGUGUUUGAAAUAGCGAAUGUAUGUUAAUUUACUUUACUAUGUUAGUAGCAGCACUCAGUCUUGAAAUCAAUAAAGAUGAUUUCUUCAACACUUUACACUUUUUCUCUGUGAGAAACAUACUAUUUUAACGAAUAAAAGCAACAAUUAAUAUCAAAUUGCAAAGGAAAACUUUAGUCUAUGAUGUUAAAUAAAUGCCGCAGCUUGCCAUUAUCACUACACUUCACUUUUAACAAUAGGUUCUUAUUGUAGUUUUAGUAUUAGUAUUUAUUUAAUAGUUUACAAAUGGCACAAAAUGUCACAAAUAUAAAAAUAUCUUUUUACCAUUCCACAUGGAUUAACAGUUUUAGUUUAAAAAAUUAGAUUUUUUAUGAAUUAAAUAAUAAAAAAUUUUUUGCGACAAACUGUAAAUAGCUAAUUUUAUCCUUAAAGAUGUAGAAAUAUAUAUAUUAGGGGAAUGAAAUCAAAUUGAAAUUAAGCAAUUUAUCCGAUAUUAUGUAUAGGAUUAGGGUUAGUGUAGUUAUUCAUAAGUAAGUAGUCCCGUUCUUUGGGAUGCUAUCAUAA